CAAUUUUGAACCACAUGAUCAACACGAAUAUGAGGAGAUCGCUACUUCUGAGGGUGUCGUCAAAGAAAGUAAAAAACCUAGCGAGCAACAUGACUUUGCCGACAAGCAAGAGCGCCAGAAAAGCCGCAUCGUGGACGACAACACUUUCGACGGCAUGGUCUACAAAAUCCCUCCAGUCAAGCACUAUGCCGAACGCUCUUCCUGGCCCUAGCGACUCUUUGUUGGCACCUCAGCUGCCACUUCAGGUUGACCAUGCACCAAAGAAAACCCCUCAUGCAAGCGCACCGCCCGCGGCGAAUCCGCCGUCCAGCACUAGGGAUCGUAAGCCCAUGGGCUGUCCCUACCCGGGCUGCGCGUCGCAAGAUCACACAAAGCGUCACCAGGCCACGCACACAUUGGAGUGCUGGAUCGACGGCUGUCAAGAUCGCAACAAGCCGUUCAAAGACACGUCAGGUAUCGCCAGGCACCUGAUCGCCAUGCACAACAACAACGACUCGCACAAUUGUCGCUGGAAUGGCUGUGAAAAGGCGAAGAACCAACUUACGAACCACAUUUCGCUACACUUACGGGAACACAACUGGGAGCUCGAGCAGGCGGUUGCCAAAAGCACACAGAAUGAAGACGCAGGGGACGACGACGAGUCAGUCGAUGCCGACGAAGAUCAGCAAAGCUACAAUAGCAGGAUCAAGAAGACUGGCGGCAAGUCUAGGGACUAAGAGAUGGGGCAGGAAUACUGCAGAUGGUACAACAGACAGCGGCAGCAAAGGAAACCCUGGUAGGACAACCAAUAAGGGUGGUAGGAGUGAUAAGCCGU